AUGGUGCUAGAUAUAAACCUAUUUAGAAAGGAAAAGGGAGGGAACCCAGAGCGGAUAAAGGAAUCGGAAAAGAAUAGGUUUCACGAUGAGAAAAAUGUAGAUAAAGUGAUAGAGUAUGAUGAACAAUGGAGGAAAUGCAUUUUCAAAUUAGAAGAGUUAAAAAAGAAUAUUAAUAUAAUAAACAAAGAAAUAGGUAACAAGAAAAAAAUUGAUAAAAAUGCAGAUGUAGAGGAUUUAAAAAAGAAGAGUCUAAGUAUGAAGGAAGAAAUACCGCAGCUUCAAAAUGACGAAAAAGAAUUGCUAAAACAGAGAAAUAAAUAUUUAAGUAAAGUAGGUAAUAUACUAAAUAAAAAGGUAGUAAUAUCCAAUGAUGAGGAGAACAAUAAGGUAGUAACCAGAUGGGGAGUGUGUAAAAAAUUACAAGUAUCAAAUAGCACCAUAGGUGAUGGUACUUCUACUACAGCCAGUACUACUACAGGCAUAACAACUACUAAUAAUAAUAACUAUGGAAGUGGUAGCAGUAGUGGUAAUGUUAAUCCAAAGAGGGAAAUGAUGACCAAUGGUUCCAGUCUAAAUGCCAACACCACUGCAAAUUCCACUAGUAGCAGCAGUGGGAAGAAGCCAAAAUAUUAUUACCAUUUUGACUUACUAAGAAAAAUAGGGGGAGCAAAUUUUAAGAAAGGUAUACAAGUAGCUGGACAUAGAGGGUACUACCUGACAGGUGCAGGUUUCUUAUUACAUAACGCCAUUUUGCAAUAUGCAAUUAAUUUUUUAAUUAAGAAAAAUUAUUCUCCUGUGUAUCCACCUUUUUUCAUGAGAAAGCAUAUAAUGGAGGAGUGUGCGGAACUGGCGGACUUUGAGGAAACCCUCUACAAAAUUUCGUCAUCAAGUGGUGCUACCACCGCUGCUGCUACUGCUACUACUACGGAAGCGACUUCAACUGCUCCACCCCGUGGUGAGAACUGUAGCAGUAACAAUGAGGCGGGUGAGGAUAUGGGCAAAGAUGAUUUAUUCUUAAUAGCUACGUCGGAACAACCACUGUGUGCAUUGCAUAAGGACGAAACGUUAGAAUCCAAACAUUUACCUUUGAAAUAUGCAGGAAUAUCUUCCUGUUUUAGAAAAGAAGCUGGAGCACAUGGAAAAGAUAUUAGAGGUAUUCUUCGAGUGCAUCAGUUCGAUAAGAUUGAGCAAUUCUGUGUUUCAUUACCACAAACAAGUAAUAAAGUACAUGAAGAAAUGAUGAAAACAUGUGAAGAGUUUUAUCAAUCUUUAAAUAUACCAUAUAGAAUAGUAAGCAUAGUAUCUGGAGCACUAAACAAUGCAGCUGCUAUUAAAUAUGAUUUAGAAGGUUAUUUCCCAAGUAGUAACCAGUACAGAGAAUUAGUAUCUUGUAGUAACUGUACGGAUUAUCAGAGUAUAAAUCUAAAUAUUAAAUAUACAGAUUCCAGUGUAAAGAUUACCGAUAUGCAUAAAAAUGGAUUAAAUGCUAAGGGAAAUGUACAGAAUGAACAGGUAGAUAGUGAAUAUGAACAGUUUACUCAAGAUUUUCAAACCGAAAAUAAAAAUCAUGUUCAUUUAUUAAAUGGUACUAUGGUUGCAGCUCAGAGGUUUUUAUGUUGCUUACUUGAAAAUUAUCAAAAUGGAGAAGGCAUUAUAGUCCCAGAGAAAUUACGUCCCUACAUGAACAACAUAGACUUUAUUCCCUUCGUUGAAUAA